AUGGGUCGAUAAUCCACAAAUUAUUAAACAUUAUUUAUUGAGUAGCUAAAUAAUGGUUUCUUUUCUGGAGCUUAGUCUAUUUACUCUAUCAGCGAUUUAUAUUAAUAUGCUAUUGAAUUAGAUGUAAGCUUUUAAAAAAAUUUGGAUGAUUGUAAUAUUUUUUAAGAAAAUGUCUCUGACACAUUGAAUUUAAUUCAAAAAUCCUUUUGUUUUUGUUAUGGUUUAUCAAAUUAAUCUGCACAGUAAGAACAAUAUUAUGAUAAAUUAAUUUUAUCUAAUUUUCUUAGUUAAACAGCUUCUAUGCAAAGAUUGCAUUAUCAAAUAUAUUAUUCAGCAACAAGUGAAGAUUAGUUUUAUUCUAUUGAUCCUUGUCAACCUAUACCAAAAGAAUGGAUUCCUAAAGAAAGACCUUGGUAUCUAUCACAUAAUCAAACUUCAUCUUACUUAUAAAUAACAGACAUGUAUUUGGAAAUAGAUAUUGGUGUUUGUUUUACUUAAACAAAAAGUCUUUUUAAUAAAGAAAAUAAUACUAUAGCUAUACUUGCAAAUGAUUUAACUAUGGAUUAGUUUACUUUAUACGAUCAAAUACUACCAGUAAAAUUUAUGGUAAUUGAUGAAAGAGGAUAAAUUUUAUUGAAUGAACUUUAUUUAAAAGAAUAAACAGAGAUUUACUAUUUUUAAAAUAUUUCAAAAACAGGUUUCAAUUGGUAAGACUUUUAAACUCUUUUAAGUUUUAAAAAUGGUCGACCUUAUGAAGAUUAAUGUCCAAUAAAUAUCGAUAAUACAUUUUGUUUAUUUAAUAAAUUGGAAUAAAAAAUUAAAUUUAUAAGUCUAAGUAACAUAAGAAAUUUGCGUUAUACAUUAGUUUCAGAAUAUGAUCCUGAUUUAUACUUAGAUGAUAUGAAUAUGUUAUUAUAAGAAAUUGAGAAUAAAAAAAGAUUAUCAAUUUUUAUUUUUUUGGGUGUGAUUGGAUUUUCGAUUUCAUUAUUUUUUGUAUCAUUUUUGAUUAAUACUCUAAUUCUUUAAAAGCCAUUAUAAAAUUUACUCUAUUAUACAAAUUUACUUAAUAAAAAUACGAAAGUAAUAAAAUAAAAGAAAAUGGUAUUUUCAGAUUCAAAUACAAUUGGAAGGCUAAAUUUGGCAUUUUCAAAUUUAUUAAAUUAACAAAAUUAAGGUAGAGAAGAUAAUAAAGAAUUAGCAAGAUUAAGAUUUGAUAUGUAUUCUGAAUAUUAGAAAAAAUAAAAAGAGUAUAAACUUAAUUUAAGAAAAUAUCUAGCAAAAGCAAAUUUGUUGGUAAUUAUAAAUAAAUAAUUUAAGGAUUUAGAAUUUUCAAAGCAAUAAAAAACAAAAGAUGAUAAAAAAACAAUGAUUGAAUAAAUGAAAAUGAAAAAAAUGAUAUUUUCAUCUUUUUAAGAAAUAAAUUAAAGAUGA